UUAAAAAAAGGACUGUUUGGUAGGAAGAGUGUCCAGUGUGAUUGAAACGAAAAUGAGGUGCUGUGUUUUUCUCUUUCUGCUCCUGCAGGUUUUAGGAGGUUUAGGCUUACCUCUGUUUGAGCUCAGCUCAAAAGCAGAUGAUGCUCUGCAGAUGGCGCUCAAUCGGAUUAAUGCACGCAUUGCCAGGAAUCAUCUCUACAGAGUGUCCAAGGCAUCUGUAAAGAGGAUUGUUCCUCUGGGAAUGAACACAUUUGAUCUGCAUCUGAGGUUUGGCAUCAGGGAGACGGAGUGUCAGAAGAGCUCUGGGGUCGAUCCUCAGGGCUGCAUGUACCGCAAAGGUUUUUUUGUGCCGGAGGCAGGGUGCUAUAUCAGAGCCAGAGUGAAUCAGGACGUCACUCGUAUCAUCUCUCUCAGAUGCACAAAGGCCGACAGCUCCAGCUCUGAGUCCAGUGAGGAGGGGGGGUUAGGAUUAUACUACGAUUUAAAUCAUUUUGGGACUAGAGACCGCACACAUUCAACUUCAGCACCAAGCAUUUUCAUCGCUCCACCAAUACGUGCGGGUCAUCAUGACAACACUGAAACCAACCAUGUUCGUGGAGACCAUUUCGACAAUCACCUGCCAUAUCACUGAACUGCUGGAUGAAAUCACAUGAAGACUCUUCAUACAAACAUUAAGGUGCUACAAACAAAGCUAAAUGAAAAGACUACUGUACUAAGGGCCAAUAACUGCAGCCUCCACUGAAACAUGAAACAAAAUUAUUCACUGUAUGUGAUAUGAAUACGAAUACCUGCUGGCAUUAACCUCCACAAUAAAACCAAUAAAAACCAGAAACAAGGAUGAUAUCAACAUGUAUAAUUUCAUUUAAAAUUACACAUUUUGCAGAGGGAUAUGCAGAGCAUGAUGUUCAUUGACCUUUGAUGGAUCAUGACCAGAUACUUUAAUAAUUUAAUAUUAGCUUCAGUUAGUCACUUCUCAACAACCUGAAAAGUUUCAUGAUAUUGUAAAUACAUUCAAUAAACAAUUUUUUCAAAAUGAAAUGUGGACAUGCGUUAAUAUGCAUAAUUGUUUGUACAUAUGCCAAGUUAUAGGUGCUCACUGUAAGAUUAUGAAGUUGCACGUCAUGUCUGAAUGGUGAAAAUAAGCCAGAAUCCUUCAACAAGUAAAACCUACAGGGAAACCGAACUUCCUAAUGGCCUCUUUUUAUAAGAUGAGAAUAUUUUGAUCAGUUGUUUGAUACACGUGUUCUAGAAUUUUAAGGCAUGGCUGUAUUCAUGAGCCAAUAAUACAGGUUAUAAUACAGGAUAUAAGAUAAAUCUAUGUGAAUAAUGAUUGUGUCAUUCAGUCACAUGACUUAAAAGUCCAUCUCUUCAUAGAUGAACAAUUUGUAAAAGUCAGCUUGAAUGUUCACUAGAGGACGUAAGGACCAACAAGUAACAGCAAGGCAGUCAUUUGUUUUACCUAGACAAAGAUACUGCAGCAAAUGAGAAUAUCUACAAUUUAAACAGGUCUAAUAAAAAAAAAAGCAAACAUUCCACAGUCUCACAGA